UGAUCCCAAACACUGGAGGGGCUGCAUGCUCAUACGUGGACUUGUAAAGAUACACGUAAACCCAACAAGAACGGGCGUGUUUCAUUCAGUCAGUGAGCCCUGGUAUUUCAGCAGAGAACUCCUCCUGGCAGGAAUUCACGAUUUGGGAGCGGCACAUUCCACAUCCUGGGAUUUAGCUCUACCGAUGAACGGGUUCUGUGAAGUGGCAGAAGCCAAUCAAUAACAAGUGCAGAAUCACGUGACCGGAAGUGUUGACAGCGACCAGCUGGGAGUUUUCAAUAGCUCCGAAGUGGCCCAUCUUCUUUAUACACGAUCUUUGGUCUCUUCGUUAUCAGCGAGGAAACUUCAAAAUCGAUUCGUCCAGCUCUAACCUGAGGAUCCACCCCUUGCUGUAAGGCUUCUGAGCUGUGGUGAGGCUCAUGUCAUAUGUGGAAGGAACUAAGCCAGAGAGCUGCAGCGUUCCCCCAAACACACACCCACAGUUGUUGAAGUCACCGAAAGGGUUGGAAACAAUUACAUUAUGCCUCAGCGUGUAGUGAUGCAGGGUCCCGGCCCCUGGGGAUUUCGACUGGUCGGGGGAAAGGACUUCGAGCAGCCGCUGGCUAUUUCCCGGGUGAACCCCGGCAGCAAGGCAGCCCAAGCCAACCUGUGCAUUGGAGACAUCAUCCUGGCCAUCGAUGGAGAGCCAACGGAGAGCAUGACUCACCUGGAGGCGCAGAACAAGAUCAAGGGCUGCGUGGAGGAGAUGGUGCUCUCCGUAGACAGGUCAGAAGCUAAACUGUGGUCGCCGCUCUCGUCUGAGGAAGGGAAGGCUCACCCGUACAAGAUGAAUCUUGCAUCAGAGCCUCGGGAAGUAAAAUCCAUAGGCUCAUCUCACAACAGGAGCGCCCUGCCUUUUUCUGGUUUCGGCCCCAAAGUAGUGACCAACCAGUACAACAGCCCCUCCGGUCUGUACUCCUCAGAGAACAUCAAGGACUUCAACUCGGCCGUGGACGAAGUCAAGACCAUUUCCACAGCUAAUGACCCCAACAGCAAAGCCCCGUCAGAUCCGUCAGCGGCGGGCGUGCGGCCGCCCGUUGCAGCCGACUCGGAGGUGUACAAGAUGCUGCAAGAGAACCAAGAGUCGGACGAGCCGCCCAGACAGUCCGCCUCCUUCAAGGUGCUCCAGGAGAUUCUGGAGACAGGCGACGCAGAUAAACCGUCAGGCUUCAGGAGUGUGAAAGCGCCCACUACAAAGAUGGGAUCUUCAGUGGGGAACACAGAGAAACUACCCAGCUGUGACAAAUGCGGCUCGGGGAUCGUGGGGAUGGUAGUCAAGCUGAGGGACAAGUUCCGUCACCCGGAGUGCUACACGUGCACAGACUGCGACAUCAACCUGAAACAGAAGGGACAUUUCUUUGUGGAGGAUCAAAUUUAUUGCGAGAAGCACGCGCGCGAGCGGGUGACCCCACCUGAGGGCUAUGACGUGGUCACCGUCUUCCCCAAGUAGAGCUCUUACUCCACCCGGCCUCGGACUGCACACCACUUUAGCACAGGACAGAAAGUUUAGCUCCUGCUUCUUCUAAGACUAUAAGACGGUCCUUUUGUCACAUUGCGCUUCAGAGAGUAAAGAGCUUCAUGUCUGAAAUGAUGAUUUGCACAUUGACUUUGACCUGUAUGCCACCAGAGGACUUUUCUCCCUCUGGUGAGCUUUUGUAUUACAGACUCUGUCGUAGUCCUGUUUUUCACUGUCUUUCAAAAAAAUCAUGAAACGAUUGCAACCAAAACGUAACAUUCACAAUUUUUUUAUGAAAUUAAAUACGGUUUUAUACAUCAAAAUUGAGAAACGUACAUUAAAGCAUAAUUUGCAAAAUAAAUAUUUUUAGCUUGAGCCUGUUCUCUGUCUCCAUUCUGCUCUCGGGCAGGCUCUGCAUGAAUGCUUGGGACUGUAUAUAUGCAGGGUGGG